ACUCUGACCAAGCGCACAUUUUGGGGACCCAUUUACUGUGAUGUGUUCUUGGUUGCCUGUUCCUUCUUCCGUCUGUACACAGUGAUCCCUGUAACGCAUCAGCCCUUCUUUCCUCUGGAGGACCGCCCCUCUAGGGACUCUGAGGAACAAUGGAAGUCGUGGGGUUUCUCAACCUGGAAGUGAAUAGCUCCAUGGUGACAGUGGCCCUGUCAGUGGUCCUCUUGGCCCUCCUGAAAUGGUACUCCACGUCAGCAUUUUCAAGAUUGGAGAAGCUGGGCAUCAGACAUCCCAAGCCUUCCCCUUUUAUUGGAAACUUGACAUUUUUCCGCCAGGGUUUCUGGGAAAGCCAAAUGGAGCUCAGAAAGCUAUACGGACCUCUGUGUGGGUACUAUCUUGGUCGUCGGAUGUUUAUUGUUAUCUCAGAGCCAGACAUGAUCGAGCAAGUGUUGGUUGAGAACUUCCAUAACUUUACCAACAGAAUGGUGUCUGGUUUGGAGUCCAAACCCGUAAUGGACAGCAUCCUGUUUUUACGUGACAAAAGAUGGGAAGAGGUCAGAAGUGUCCUGACUUCCGCCUUCAGUCCUGAAAAGCUGAAUGAGAUGACUCCUCUGAUCAGCCAAGCCUGCGACACGCUCCUGGCUCACUUAAGACACUAUGCAGAAUCCGGGGACACUUUCGACAUCCGGAGGUGCUACAGCUGCUACACUACAGACGUGGUCGCCAGUGUCGCCUUCGGCACCCAGGUGGACUCCCGAGGGGCUCCGGAGGACCCCUUUGUGCAGCACUGCAGGCGUUUCUUUGCGUACUCCGUCCCCAGGCCUAUCCUGGUUUUAAUCUUAUCAUUUCCAUCCAUAAUGGUCCCACUGGCCCGGAUUUUGCCCAAUAAGAACCGAGAUGAACUGAAUGGCUUUUUUAACAAACUCAUUAGGAACGUGAUUGCCUUGCGGGACCAGCAGGCAGCAGAAGAGAGGCGGAAAGAUUUCCUCCAAAUGAUCCUGGACGCCCGACACUCCACCACCUCUGUGGGUGUGGAGAGCUUCGACAUGGUCAGACAAGUCUUCUCCACCGACCGCGCAGCGACUCCCUCCCGCCCACACCAGCCCGGACGCCUGUCCGAGCCUCUGACUGUGGAUGAGGUGGUGGGCCAGGCCUUCAUCUUCCUCAUUGCUGGCUACGAGAUCAUCACCAACACGCUCUCUUUUGCCACCUACCUCCUGGCCACCAACCCUGACUGCCAAGAGAAGCUCCUGACAGAGGUGGAUGACUUUAAUGAGAAAUUUCCAGCCCCUGACUACUGCAGCCUCCAGGAACACCUGCCCUACCUGGACAUGGUGAUUGCAGAGACCCUGAGGAUUUACCCGCCAGCUUUCAGGUUCACGCGAGAGGCGGCGCGAGACUGCGAGGUGCGGGGGCAGCGCAUCCCGGCAGGCGCGGUGGUGGAGAUUGCGGUGGGCGCCCUGCACCACGACCCAGAAUACUGGCCCAACCCCGAGGCCUUCGACCCUGAGAGGUUCACGGCAGAGGCUAGCGGGCGCCGACGUCCAUUCACGUACCUGCCAUUUGGGGCGGGGCCCCGGAGCUGCCUCGGAGUGCGGCUGGGGCUGCUGGAGAUCAAGCUGACGCUGCUCCACGUCCUGCGUGAGUUCCGGUUCGAGGUCUGCCCAAAGACGCAGGUACCACUGCAGCUGGAAUCCAAAUCUGCCCUAGGCCCAAAGAAUGGUGUCUACAUCAAGAUGGUCUCUCGCUGACAGUUUUAUGAGAACACUCCCCAUAUUCAAAGAAAACUUCAUGUGGAAAUUCAGAUUUGGGGGAAAACAUCACUGAAGUGAUUGAAAGGGUGUCUGGCAUGCAAGUAUAAAAGAGGUCUUUAGGUAAAUUUUCUUAAAUGCUUAAUAAACGUCUGUUGCACUUA